GGGUGCUAUGAUCCUGAAGAACUCUGCUGUUCUUGGUCCAGGAGUCGUCACAGUUGUUGUUCCAGAAGGAAGUGACCCAGUCUUACCUUGCUCCCCCACCAUUAAGGAGAACCUUGAAAAAAAGCUCUUUGAUUGGAAAAAAGUUGGUCCAAAUAAACAGGAGGUCUUCUUCUAUGAUGGUGGCAUUCAUUACAAUAAUGGACGUCCCGGUCAAAAUGAGCACUUUAAAGGACGAGUAUUCCAUUUUUCAGACCAGCUAAGGUUUGGCAAUGCCUCCAUAAUCAUCAGAAAUGCGCAGAUAACGGACAGUGGAGACUACAUCUGUAUUUUUCCGCAGUCAGCAGAAGAAACAUUCGACGUCAAACUCCUUGUCGAACAAGUCUUUAAGGAGCAAUUAGAAGUCCUAGCUGCAGCUCCAAAGCCGGACAUCACUGUACUUGGUGUCACUGACUCCGGGGUGCAGCUGAAGUGUGAUGUUGGAGAUGUUCAUCCCCAGCCAAAGCUACAGUGGGAGGACAGCGACGGAAAUGUUCUUUCUGCAGAGGACCCAGUGGUCUCAGAAAGCGGAGGCCGCUACAACGUCACCCUCUGCACUACUGUGAUCCCGACCAAAACCAACUGCUUCCACUGUGUAGUUAAACAGGAGGGCUCUUACCAAGUGACUGAUCGUGAAAUCACUUUAUCAGAAAACCUGUUCAAGCAUAACUACUCAAAGGUGACCUCUGAAGGGCUGCUUAUUGGAAUGUUUUUGGGAGCUUCCAUUGUUUCUGUGGUUGUAGCUGUGCUGAUGGCUACAGGGAAACUGAAGAUAAGCUCUGACGAAGGUUCUCAAAGGAAUGCAAAUGGUACCUUAAAUGGUGAAGCAAACAGUCCACAAAGCAAUGGCCAAAUCUUGGAAUCUAAUGUUCUGAUGAAGGGACAAGGUUUCUACUCCGAAGACUAACGAUUCGUGUAAUGGGGAAUCAAGCCAGCCACUUCAACAACCUUAAAAGUGCCAGAUCAUCUGCCUUCUGUGUGGAGAAAAGAAUUGAUAUCCUGUGUGUGGAUAUCAAAUCUGUGCCAGCUUUUUAGUUUACUUGCCACAGUUUGAGCUUUCAAGACAUUUACAGCCAGUGAGCAUCUGUGGUGAGAAAAAGUGCCUUCCUCUUUCCUUGGCUUUUACAAUCAAGUUCAAUUUUGCAGGACUGCACUGCUGUAGACAAUGAACUUCUGAAAAGGUGCUCAGUUACACUUAUUGUUUUGUUUGUUUCUGGUUUCUAAAUUUGCAAAGCAAGGCACUCUUUUAAUUUUUUUUAAAGUCUUACUCAGAGUCACAUGUGAAAUUAUGCAAGAGGAAAAAAAAAUGUGUUUUUAACUAUACUCCAUGUGCUACUGGAAAAUCUUUGCUGUUAUUUUGGGUGUGACUUGGAUAUCCACUUUAACCUCAGGAGUUUUUAUAUACAGGGAAAAUAAACACAUACAUUCAUAGGAGAUCUUUGUGAAACAAUAACAUUCUUUUUGUCAUACUGGUUUUGGUAAAUACGUUUCUAGUAUUGACAGAUGGGCAUAUUACAAUGAUGCAGUUUAACAUAACAAUUUACUAAAUCCAAAACCACUUACAGUAUGUAAAAGAAGUUUCACAAAGUUUCAUAUUUUUAGUGUUUUAUACCAGUGAAUGAGCUCAAACCAAAAGGAUCCAGAAUGAUCAAGUGACUCGUCAGUAGGGAUGGGUAUCGAAAACCGGUUCUU